CAUUGACCAUGCCGUUUACUGCAAUGGCGGUAUAGAUAUUUCACAAAGAAGAAAGUGGAUUUUCUGUAAAGAUGAUCACGAUUUGAAUGGGCAAGGUCUAGUUGUACUUUUAUAGACUACAGAAUUCAGUUUCUUCCAUAUUGAUCAAUGUACUAGCCAAUAUAACAUAAUCAUACUCUUAAAAAGUAAAAAAUCUAGUUAUCGAUAAUAAUUGUUCCUCGAGGAGUUUACUGCCUUGCACGAAUACGACGCCAAAGAAUUCGCGGUAAUCAUUCCCGACAUCUUAGGUAAAAUUUGAUAUUUUAUUACCUGAAUGGACAAUAAGGUGAAUGUCUCAGAAGUAGAAAAUAUUUUAAUGAUUGGAUCGUCUGAAAUUUUUCACCUGCCUGAGGUCCCAGAGAUAUCAGAGGUUUUAGAAUCUACUGGUCUCAGCCCAUUAACAUCUUCCUUAGACCAUACUCUUACUCUUCAAGAGGAUAAAUUACUUUCAUCUGAAGUUAAUAUGGGCAUAGAAGACACAUGGACUGAAGCAAAUAGUUCUACAUCAGACUAUGCCAUUCCACUUCCACCACCACCUGGUUUAAACGAUUUCACAGAUAUUGUUGCAGAUUCUAUCAGUGAUAGUGGGAUUGGUAUAGAGCAUGGUCCAUUUUUACCACCUGGUGGUUCAGCUGUAAACAAUUUGUUUUUGGAGGGUGGAGAUUCUCAAGAUGAUUCGCCAAUGGAGGAUGUAGUUUUACGUGCAGGUGUAUGUGGUCUUCAUAAUCUUGGUAAUACUUGUUUUAUGGCUGCCGGUUUGCAAUGUUUAACUGCAACCCCACCCGUCCUGCGACACUUUUUGGAUUUGCAGCAAAGAGGAGAGAAACUACCACCACCUGGAUCUCUGAUGGCACAUUUUAGUGUACUUCUUGGAAAAAUGUGGUCUGGCAGAUACAGUGUUCUCAGGCCAACAGAAUUUAAGCAAACUUUAGGGGCAUAUCAUUCACAAUUUAAAGAUUAUAGACAGCACGAUUGUCAAGAAUUUCUUGCUCUUCUAUUGGACUCGUUGCACGAACAAAUGAAUACAGCAAAGUGUUCAAAAAAUUGUCAAACUCCAUCAUCUACAACCACUACCAACUCGAUUAAUUCAAAUGAGAAUUCAAACGGGAAAAUCAUGUCUCCAGUCACUGCCACUAGUAAUUCCAACUGUAAUACAGAUUUAUUGGAAAUGUAUGAUUGCUUACCAUCGCCAGAAUGCCCUAAUAGUCCGAAUGUCACGAUGGCUGGUUCUCCCAGAGAUUUAGAUUCGCCAAUAGGCGAAUUAGAUAGUAUUGCAAAUUCACCCCGUGGAUCACCUUUAAACGAUGGCGACGACGAUGAGGAAACGCUCGAUUCCGAUGAAACUGUCGAAGCAAAAUCAAACACUUUUAUUCAUAAUAAAGUUGGCGAAAAAGAAAAUGACGUUACACCUUCGUUAAGACUGGACACGUUGAUCGAACUUUCGAAAAAUGUUCCCAAAUAUCAUGGACUAUACGAUAUUCAUAAAGAAGCGAAAACCAGCAAUGCGAAUUUUUUAGUAACUCAACAGGAAUGUAACAAUGAGAUUCAUUAUGAUUCCCAAAAGUUUCCAAAAGAAAAUCUCCGUAGAAUGCCAUUGGAUAACUCAAAUUUAAUGGAGAAUCACGAUUUCGACAAUAAAAGCGUCAGUGUUAAAAGAAUAAAAGAAAUUAAUGUUCAAAAAGUCAAUUGUGGCGUAGAUUACGCGUCAAGCGGUUCCGACAUAGAGUAUGACAAUGGUUUAGAAAAGUGUAAUGUAAAACGUAUGAGACUCGACGAUCAAGAGAAGAAUCAUAAACGGGAUGGUCUUGGAAGUAUUAGUACUCAAUGCACACGGGUUUCCCAAAGUUACGGAAAUGGUGCUAUAGCGACACAGGACGAGAUCGAGGCGGACAAGCAUUGGGCAAAACACUUAAGGUCUAACAGAAGUAUCAUCGUUGAUACCUUCCAGGGACAGUUUAAAAGCAAGGUAGUUUGUGCAGUAUGUAAGCACGUGUCUGUCACGUAUGAGCCUUUUAUGUAUUUAUCAGUGCCACUGCCCCAUGCAAUGGAAAGACAAUUGAAUGUUACGUAUGUUCCCGCAAAUGGCGAUCAACCUGUAAAGUGUGUUGUUUCAUUAAACAAGCAAUCGCGCAUUGGGAAAUUGAAGGAGGAACUAUUAAAAACGCUUGAUAAGGAAUACAUUGCAGUAACUAAUAUCGCGCUUGCUGAAGUUUUAGAGAAUCAUAUAUCAAAAAUUCUGGAUGACAAUAUACUCUUGAGACACAUCAAUGAUACGAAUCGAUCUAUAUACGCCUUUGAACUCACGGAACCUCCUGACGCGUACACUUCAGUGCCAGACGGUGGCGGAGAUCGUGUGAUGGAUGCUGAUACCUGUCAGAAGUGUACAGUUACGGGGGAGGAAGUUCCAUGUACGAUUUGCCUCGAGGAAUUGGACGGCGAUUUGAAGAGACACAGCGAGAAGAGCUGUAACUUCGCUAUGUGUGAUACCUGCAUUGAGGAUUACUUCAAGAAUCAAACGGAACCUCAAAUGUGUCCAGUGUGUUCAACGUACAUGACCGCAUCAUCCUUCAUUAAAAUAGAUCAAACGGGACGGCCAAGGCCGGCAGUUAGGAUCUUAAACGUACCGUUGGUUUUACGGCACGACACGACAAACGAAACUACAAACAACCGUAAAGGGACGAAGCUUUUCGGUUAUCCGCAUUUAGUGAGAUUACCUUCAAGAGUGAACGCUAAAGACUUGUACGAUAUCGUUAGGAGAAACGUGCCGCAAGAAAGAAGUUACACGCUUCAUUUUGUUACAGGCCAGGGACACCAUUGUUCUCGUUGUAUCUAUACCGCACACUGUACGGGUUGUAGUGUGCCGGAAACUGGGAUGGUAGUCCUUCAAAAUGGCGAUACGUUGGCUGUGCGUUACACGGAACACGUUCCUAAGAUAUCACCUCCUGUUGACCAUGUCAGUGUAAGCAAACAGAGGCCCCAUCUUCCUUUGUCUUUGUACGACUGUCUUCAAGCAUUUAGUCAAAGCGAAACGUUAGACGAACACAAUCCUUGGUUUUGCCCGAAGUGCGAACGAAAUCAGUGCGCAACGAAAACACUUACGGUUCACAGAUACCCUAAGUUCCUCAUAGUAUACUUGAAACGAUUUGUGUUUUACGAGUGCGCUAGCAUGAAGUUGGACGAUAAAGUCACAUUCCCUUUGGUUGGUUUAAGCGUAGGCCGACACUUGUACGACCUGUAUGCUUGCGUAUGUCACUUUGGAGGAGUAUCGGCUGGACAUUACACGGCGUAUGCGAAAAAUCCUCGAACCGAUGUAUGGUAUUAUUACAAUGAUGAAAUCACGAGCAGGCAAAAACCUCAGGACGAAGAUUUUAGCAACGCUUAUAUACUUUUUUAUAGUCGACAAGGGGCCAAUUUAAAACCGUGCAAUAUAUAACCAGUGGUGAAUCGAAGAACCUGGCGAACCUGGAGAAGUGCCAGUGAGAUAAAAAGGGUGGGGAUAAGAAAAGGGUAUUGGAAGUUGAAGGAGAGGUUGACUAAGUGUUUCAUUUACGUGUUGAUCGGACUACGUCGUAUUGAACGGAAAACUGCUUACACAAUUCGUUAUCUAUUUUUCCUGGUGAUCCGCUCGUGGUCUGUCUCCUUCGUGUCUUUUCCCCCUCCUUCCAUUUUCUAACUUCUCGCUGUUUUAAAAUUCCACUUACGAGCAUCCUCCAGAGAGUGCAACGUUGUGUGCGAUAUAAAUCUGUGAAUCCGCUGACUGUCGACUAUCAUUAGCCCGUAGGCUGUGCGUUUCUCCGAUGAUCGUUUACAAUUCGGUCGGAGGAUAUUUUUCUUGCGAUUGCCGUGCCGUCAGUGUUAUUUAAUGUGAAAGCAGAGCCUGUGCGCGGUACAUUAGUAUAAUAAUUGGAAAGGACUGAGCGUAUUUAUACCGGAUUAUAGAGCGUAAAUGUACGUCGAAUUUGUACAGUAGGUGAUUAAACGUAGACUCCAGGAUUUUGAACAGACGUAAUUUAUUAGCGAAUAAAAGGUGAACGUUACGACUAGAAGACACUUAAAAAUAUGCCCGUUUAACGACAGAUUGUAACCAUUCACUAUAUCAUCGUUUCCUUUUUACCCGAACGGAUACAAGACUGCUAACAUAUAUAUUUGUAAUCUGCAUGUACAUUGUGUAGCAAAAAUGAACGUUGUAUUUGCAGAUUAUUUAUUAAAUUAGUUUUGUUGUAAUUUUGUUACAAGGUAUUCAUUUUAAUUGUUAUAUAUAUAUAUAUUCA